AUGGCCACACCAAUAUACAGCUCAACCCUCAGGGCCAAUGAGGGAGGUUUGGGGGACUACAAUGAUGAAAUUCGUCAGGAACAACUACGUGAAUUAUCUUACUUAAAUGGCUCCGAGGAUUCUGGUCGUGGCAGAGGUAUUAGAGGCAGAGGAAUCAGAGUGGCUCCCUCAGCUCCUUCGAGGGGCCGCGGGGGUGCUGUUCCUCCUCCUCCACCUCCUGGACGUGGUGUUCUUACCCCACGAGGGACCACUGUGACACGGGGAGCUCUUCCGGUGCCCCCUGUAGCGAGAGGUGUCCCUACCCCUCGAGCCAGAGGGACAGCAGCAGUACCAGGAUACAGAGCACCCCCUCCCCCAGCCCAUGAGGCUUAUGAAGAAUAUGGGUACGAUGAUGGCUAUGGGGGGGAAUAUGAUGACCAGACCUAUGAAGCUUAUGAUAACAGCUAUGUGACUCCAACGCAAAGUGUGGCGGAAUACUAUGACUAUGGUCAUGGAGUAAGUGAGGAUGCCUAUGACAGCUACGCACCAGAGGAAUGGGCCACGACUCGCUCCAGCCUAAAGGCACCGCCACCAAGGUCAGCCAGAGGGGGAUACAGGGAACACCCCUAUGGUAGAUAUUGAAGGUCCUCUCCAGCCGUGAUCUCCUCAAAGACAAUUCAUAGCCUGUGGUCUCCACAUAAACAGCAACAAGACAAGUAAUAGUCCUUUCUGUUUAUUUUUUCUAUUCUAGGAUAAGUGCUCAUAAUUACUCCUACAUAUUUCUUGUAUUCCCCUCUAUACUGUUGGCGUGACAUUGACACUGGUAUUAGUUUGCUAAACAGACACUGGCAAGAAUAGCUUAUAAACCAUUCCGUAGGAUGAUACUCUUGGUUGUUUUUUCAUUGUUGUAUGUAACCCUCCCCCCUUUUCUUUUCCUUUUUCUUUUCCAUUUCUUUUGUAAGAAAGAGCAUGAAUCUGUUAACAGAUUUUGAGUCUCAGCCAAAUAGCAGAACCUUUGUUUAGGGUUGCCUAAAGACUGUAAUAUGAUUUUGAACUAGCUGAUAAUAAAGUUGUAGAUAAGAUGUUUUAACCUGUCUUUUAAUAUCUGUUAGUCAGAUGAAGCUGUUCAACACUGAGUUGUGAAUUUAAUUUUAAAUGCUGUUUUAAUGGGGCUGAAAGCUAGCAGCUACUGUAUGUACGUAGCUAACUGAAUCUGUUCAGUGUUUUAACCUGUACUUGUUAAAAAAGAAAAAAUACACACAUAAAGUUCCAUGUGUGAGCUUCUCUAAAUAGGAAACCACAAUUUGUCAGAUAUGUUUGCCAUAAUUUGUCAAUAAAGCUGAAAACCUUUGUAAAAACUAAAUUUGGAAGUACUUGUUUUCUAGCUUUAAAUGCCUGCUUUAUUUCUUCUUCAAGAGAUGCCUAAAAUGUUUUCUAUUUAAAAAUUACAAAAAUGAA